CAUGCCGGCUAACGCAUGGUAGUUUGAUUGGGAUUACAUGUGUUAUUGUCAGCCGUUUAUGAAACUCCGUGCACUAUUUCACGAUGGAUGUGCGUAGAAAGCAGUGGCGUAGAGGUCGGCCAAACAAGCGACGGCGUGCUGCAGACAACGAUGACGAGCCGGCUUUCGAGAAGGUCCCCCGCCGAAGCAUGGCCAACGACAGGCAAAGCGUGCGUGUGCUCCUUCCCGUUAAAACGAGACACGGCGUCAUUCAAAAAACUGAGGUCCUCAACAGAAAGGAAGAUUCACCUGUAGAAUCCGACGAAGCUGAUGACGGAUCUGCUUCGGGAGAAGACAUCGAUGAAGUGCACGAAACACCGCCAGUCGCAGAAGAGUCGCCCGAAGACAAAACUCCUCGCACAGCAGUCAAGUCGCUCUCCGACAAGUAUCGGCAGCUCCAGCAAGUCAAGCAGCAGAUUGGAUCUAUGGCCAGUGCGAUCGUAGAAGACCCACAAGAUAAAGUGGGUCAUUUUAAGGAGCUCAUCGCCUUACUUCGCAACGGAGCGCCCGGCAUUUCCCACAUCGUGCAGAGGCUGGCAGCACUUACGCUGCUCGAAGUCUUCAAGGAUGUCGUGCCGGGCUACGCCAUCACUGCACCUACUGCGCACGGUAGCGGACCGAAGCAGAAGCUCAAGAAAGAGACGAGAGCCUUGAUAGGUUACGAGGAGGCCUUGCUGCGCUAUUACGGCCAGUACGUUGGCUGCUUGCGGAAGAUAUUGGCGCGACAUCUGAAAAGGCUCAAGUCUGCCCAAAGCGUUCUGCGUCUCCGUCUUUCAACGGCACUGGCCCAAGUAGCGGCUCGCUGUGUGUGUGGUCUGCUGUUGGCCCACCCCCACUUCAAUCUGCGUGGACAGCUUAUCGAAUUGGCCGUCCAUUGCCUGGGAAGUUCCGACGACAAGAUGUCGCUGACAGCGUGUCAGGCACUCCGCCAGUUGUACCGCCAGGACCGGCUGGGAGAGAGCACGUUGGAUGCUGUCAAACGUACCAGGGCACUUCUAAAGGCCAGGGGUCUUCAGGUGCACCCCCGCGUUCUGGAGCCAUUCCUGUCGCUGCGUCUGCGGGAGCCCAAGGCAGCAGACCAGGGCCACAAUAUUGACCUGAAGAAAGUGCGCGAGGGUCUGCGGAAAAUGUCCCGCAAGGAGCACCGACAGCACAAGCGCAUGCGUCGUCUGGAAUCUCAGCUUCGCGAGACUGAGGCACAGGAAAGUGAUGUCCGUAAGGAUCGCCUCCAAGGAGAGAUACUGCAGCAACUUCUUUGGACAUACGCCCACGUUCUUAAACAGGUGCCUCAAAGGCCAGAAUUGAAGCCUCUGCUUCGUCCAGUAUUCAAAGGUCUCGCUCAAUAUGCACACCUGGUCAAUCUCGACUUCCUGGAGGACAUUCUAGAUGCGCUAGGCACCCUGCUGAACUUGCUAGGCUCCAGAGACGCACCAUGCUGCUUGCAAGCGGCAUUUGCACUCUUGUCAGGGCAAGGCCAAGCCCUCACAGUCGACCCCCAGCGAUUCUAUGUCGCACUGUUCCGGUGUUUGUUAGAAAGCCCUCCCGCAAGUGCUCGGACGCUGCUGCUUUGUUGGCGGAUGAUGGUGGUGAACCGCUGCCGAAGUCUGUCGGUGUACCGGCUCAAGGCUUUGUGCAAACGGUUUGCAACACUGUGUAUCAAUCACGCUAACUCACUUGGCCUGACCCUGUCGCUCGGCACACUGUUGAGAAGCGAACCGCGGUUGCAUGGACUGUUGGAGGUAGCGGACUCUCAGACAAUAUUUCGCCCAAUGCUUGGAGACCCUGACCAUGCCGGUUGUGCACCACUUUGGGAGCUGCACGUGCUAAGAAAGCAUUACGACCCCUCGACGGCUGCUGUUGCCAAGGCAGUUGCCUCGUCCAAUCGAAUUCCACCGGCGCUUGCCAGCCUCGAUCCUGUUCGUGUGGCAGGCAAGCGCACUGAUCCACUUGUGGCAUUCUCCGCAUGUGGGUCAAAGGCUAACAAAAAGCAUGGAGUUAAAAAAGACAUGGUCCAGAAACAGAACCGAAGGCUUGCUAAAGGUGCUGUGCACAACAAAAGACAAUAAAUAAAGGUACAAUUGUGUACUGUG